AUGCUUCGAAGACCGCCAACGACGUCGGAUGGUAAAGUUGUCGACAGGCUAUCCGAGAGUACUCGAGUCAACAAGCCGUUCAAACCGCCUACGGUCGCCAAACCAGUAGAACGUGUCCAACCUCAGCGGAAGCGCAAACGUGUCUCGUAUGCCGGUCAACAGAACGAGGACAGUGACUCUGACGACGAUGGGAACUCUAAGAAGAAGAAGAAAUCGGAUGGAGGGAAGGACAAGGAUGGGAUUUACCACAAUGAGGACGAGCUGUGGGCUAUGCACAAGAAAUACCCGGUGUACAAGCCCAAGCCUUUCGAUCAGAUAACCCGACGGUUCUCUCUGCCGACCAUGAGGAGUAAGGAUGGGUCCAUAGUACCGCUGGUACCGACUGGUGCAUCAUUAGGAACACGACCACCUGCAAAGAUCAUCCCACGACCUCUCCAUGACCCAAUGGAAGACCAUGCCAUUGUUCUCUACGACCCCACGAUUGACGACCGAGAGACGGAUGAAGAAAGACAAGAGAGGUUGAAGCAGGAGGCGAAAGAGAAGGCAGAGCAGGAAGCAAAGGAGAAGACAGCAGGGCUGUACAAUCCUCACAAGAGCUUGAAGAAGUUAUUGGGAGAGACUGAGAAGGACAAGGCCAAGGUGGAUAAAGUGCCGGUUGUUAUCGACCCUCGUCUCUCAAAGGUGCUGAGGCCGCACCAAGUGGAGGGUGUCAAGUUCUUGUAUCGCUGUACAACCGGUAUGGUCGAGGAGAACCAGUAUGGGUGUAUCAUGGCAGACGAGAUGGGUCUCGGAAAGACGCUGCAGUGUAUAGCGCUGAUGUGGACACUCCUCAAACAAUCACCACACCCGGGAAGACCGACAAUAGAGAAAUGUAUUAUCGCAUGCCCCUCCAGUUUGGUCAAGAACUGGGCCAACGAACUCACGAAAUGGCUGGGCAAGGAUACAGUUACACCUCUGGCUAUCGAUGGCAAGGGCGGUAAGGCAGAGUUAUUAGAGAAGGUUGCUCGAUGGGUUGCUGCUCGGGGGCGCAACGUGACGCAGCCGGUUAUGAUUGUCUCGUACGAAACUCUGAGGACCCUUACUGUCUACCUCGCUGGUUGCAAGAUUGGGUUGCUCCUAUGUGAUGAAGGGCACCGGCUUAAGAACUCCGAAUCGCUGACUUUCCAAGCCUUGAACUCUUUGGAUGUCAAUCGGCGGGUCAUCUUGACUGGUACUCCCAUCCAGAACGAUCUUUCCGAAUACUUCUCCCUCCUCAACUUCGCCAAUCCCAAUUUCCUUGGUUCAAAGAACGACUUCAGGAAGAACUUUGAGAAUGCUAUCAUUCGAGGACGCGACUCUGAUGCUAGUGACGCGGUGAAGGCUGCAAGCGAAGCUAAACUCAAGGAACUCGGUGGGCUGGUGAUGAAGUUCAUCAUCCGACGUACCAACGACCUGCUUUCCAAAUACUUGCCUGUCAAGUACGAGCAGGUGGUCUUUUGUGGUCUAUCGGAUUUCCAACUGGCUCUGUACCGACUUUUCAUCACCUCACCCGAGAUUAAGGCCCUGCUGCGUGGAACCGAGUCACAGCCGCUCAAAGCCAUUAACAUUCUGAAGAAACUUUGCAACCAUCCAGAAUUGUUGGAUCUCCCUAAGGAUUUGAAAGGAAGCGACCAUCUCAUCCCAGAAGGCUUCGUCGGUGCUGGUCAGCAGCAGCAAGGCCGAGGUGCAGGGCGCAACGUCGGCGUCCGUUGCGACUGGAGUGGAAAGUUCCUCGUACUCGAGCGGUUAGUCCAUUCUGUCCGCGCAGGUCCAUCCGUUACUGAACCCUCCAACAGAUUCCUUCACCAGAUCCACACGCAGACAAAUGACAAGAUUGUACUGAUUAGUAACUAUACCCAGACACUCGACUUGUUCGAGAAGUUGCUGAGAAGCAAGAAGUAUGGUUACUUCAGGUUGGAUGGAACCAUGUCCAUCACCAAACGGCAGAAACUAGUGGAUCAGUUCAACGAUCCGAACGGGAAGGAAUUCAUCUUCCUGCUUAGUAGUAAGGCUGGAGGAUGCGGUAUCAACUUGAUUGGCGCCAAUCGGCUUAUCCUCUUUGAUCCUGAUUGGAAUCCUGCUGCUGAUCAGCAAGCGUUGGCUCGUGUGUGGCGUGACGGCCAAAAGAAAGAGUGCUUCGUCUAUCGGUUCAUUUCGACUGGUACAAUCGAAGAGAAGAUCUUCCAGAGACAGGCUAGUAAGCAAGCAUUGUCAUCUGCGGUUGUGGACGAGAAGGAGGACACGGAGCGACAUUUCUCGCUCGACUCGUUACGUCAACUAUUCACCUUUAACGAGAAGACAUUGUGUGACACGCACGAGACUUUCAAGUGCAAGCGAUGCAAAGACGGGAAGCAGAUGGUCAAGUCGCCCGCUUUGCUUUAUGGUGAUGCUAGCACUUGGAACCACUUUACGAAUCCCGAGCUCAAGAACAACCACGAUGAUCUUCUGCGGGCCGAAGUUGGACUGCCCGAAGUUUCUUUCGUUUUCCAAUACAUCAGUCAUUAG